AUGGCGAGAAGUUCCUUUGGUGGCUAUGAAGAGGAGAGAUUCAAAGACAAAGUAGACAUUAAACUACAGUGCUCGAUUUGUCUCAAGGUCUUAAAAGAUCCAGGACAAUGCCCGAAUGAGCAUUAUUUCUGCGGCUCGUGUAUUCGAAAGAAUCUGCGCGAAAACUCCGAAACUUGCUCGAUGUGUCAACACCAUCUGAUGGAAGAAUCUUUGACCAAACCACCAAGAAUUUUGACGGAUUUCAUGCAGAGUUUCAUGAUUCGUUGUGAUCACGAAAACCGUGGCUGCCCAGAGGUCGUCAAGCUUAAAUUUCUUGAGCGACAUGUCAACAGCUGUGGUUAUUCACCAACGCGUUGUACAAACGCUGGUUGUGCAGAAGCGAUGAACCGACACGAGAAAGAACGACACGAACGUGAACAGUGUCAGUUUCGUAAGAUCGCUUGCGACGAGUGUGGAGAACAAGUAAUAUGGAAGUCAAGUCGUGUACACCCGUGCUUCAUGCGAAAACAUAUGGACAAUUUAGAGAGAAGAUUGAACAUUGUUCAGAAUAAUGUCAGGGAAGUCAACGAUGAAGUAAAGCAAGUGAAGCUGACUCAAAAUGAAAUGGAAUAUCUCGCAAAAGAAGCGAUCGAAAGAUGCGAUUUAUUUACCGGCAGACAAAAGAUUUUCGUUUGUGGAGGGCGUAAUGAGAAUCGCCUUAAUUCCGUAGAGUCAUACAGCUGGCCAGAGAAUUCCUGGACAUUGGAACCAGCAAUGAAGCAGGUACGAUUAACUUCUUCAGCAUUUGUCCAUGGUCGUGAAAUUUAUGUCAGUGGCGGAUGGAACAUCCUCGUUCCCAGGGCUUCUCGGCUGCCUGCGUUGCCAAGAAGCCCUGGGAACGAGAAUGCGGAUGGAAUGGAACCAAUCACACUGACAGUAUUGAAAGUUUGAAUGUUGGAGGAAUCGGAAGAAUGGGGCGGCGGUCUCGGGUCCACAAAACACACUGUUUCCCUCGGUCUCAGUAAAUAAGUGAUAAUUAUUGUGGCCUUAUGUAUGUACUUUUAUAGUAAUUGAAGCCCAGAUCAACGAAAACGAGAGUUGAAGAGAGUUGGCAGUCACACAUUGUUACAGGGGACAUUUCAAGCUCUAGAUUAACAAAACAAAGGUUUGAUGAGUGUUCUAACUAUGUUUUAACUUCAAUAGAAUACAUGAUAGUGUUCAGUACUAAGAAAGCACUACCAACCAAGAUCGCGUGACUGGCAACUCUCCAGCACUCUCAUCCUGACAGCUCGACACCUUAGCAUGUAUUGCUAUAGAUGCUUAAUUGAUAGUUACAGGUUAGCCUCAUCAAUCCGAGGGAAAUAAAGAUUAUGUGUGUAUGUUAGGUACUGAUUUAACUUAUUUAGACAUGGUUUAUUUUGCUACAAAAUCAUUCAGAAAACAAUAUAUAUCUCCUCUCGACUCAAGAGGCUUCACUUCCUUUGCAGGCGUCUCCUUGA